AUGCACGCCCGUGAUUGGUUUUUAGUUUUCAUUGCAAUUUUCAUCCCUCCCUUAGCAGUCUGGCUAAAAAGAGGUUUUUUCACGAAGGAUCUGCUCAUAAAUUUUCUGUUAUUCUUACUAGGGUUCUUCCCUGGCCUGAUCCAUGCUUUGUACGUGAUCAGCUGUCAUCCAUAUGAAGAGAACGAGGCCCAGUAUUCGCAUCUCUCUUCUACCGAUGAUAACUAUGGUAGUUUGGCAUAA